AUGGCAAACAAUGGAAAUACCAGACUUUAUCAUCUAAAAGCGUAUCAUGAACUACGUAUAGUGACACUUGAAAAAUCUACAAAAUAUAAUGAGAAGGAAGAAUGUAUUAAGAUUCGUGUAUUGUCAAAUAAGAAUAUACAUAAUAAAAGUAAUGAUAAGAAAAAUAUGAAUGAUAAUAUAAAUUAUAGUGCUGAAAUAUUUGGUAAGGAAUUAAUAAUAGAUAAAGAAUAUACAUUUGGAUACAACGAAAAGUUUUCUAUAUAUACAUAUACUGGUUGUUAUAUACAAAUAAAAGGAAUGACAUUACAAGAAUAUGAAAGUAAGAACAAUACAAUGAAAGAAUAUGUAUCUCUAUGUUAUAUAUUAGAUGCCUAUCGUAAGUUAGCAAAAAAAAAAAAAAAAAUCGGCCCUAGAAUAUUAAUAACUGGAAAUAAUAAUUCAGGCAAAAGUUCAGUAUCUUUGCUUUUAUUAAAUUAUGCAUUGAAAUCAGGAUUUAAACCAUUAUAUAUAGAAACAGAUACUAAAGCUAGUUCUGAUAAGAUAGAAUUAAAUCGAGGACCUGGUGUGAUCAGUUGUUUUAAAUAUGAUAAUAUGAAUAAUAUAGAAAAUAUAUAUCCCAUGGCAGCUACAAAUAACACAAACAUAAACAUAAACAUAAACAAUAAUAAUAAUAUGAACACAAGUAAUAUGAAUAAUAUCAAUAAUAAUAACAAUAUCAAUAAUAUGAACAGUAUGAAUAGUAAUAGUAAUAGUAAUAGUGGUAACACCUUUGAUUUAAUUAAUAAUAAUAAUAUGUUUGGCUCAUACAUGAAGUAUUCAUUAGAAUAUUUUUUUGGAUAUUAUGAUAUUAAAGAAGAUAUAAACUUAUAUUAUCAUCUGAACGAAUGUGUAAGUAGUUGUAUAUAUCUAAUGUUUUUAAAUAAUAUUAAUAAUCUAUCAGCUGAUUUAAGAAAUUAUAGUAACGAACAAGAACAUAUAUGCUCCUCAGGAUUUAUAUUAAAUGUCCCAUCAGAAGCAGACCAUGAUAUUAUAAAAAAUUUGAUUGAUAUUUAUAAUAUUAAUAUUGUGAUUGUUAUAGAUAAUUCUUUUUUACAUUAUUCUUUAAAAGAACAUUAUCAUAACGUUAAAGAAGAUGAACAGGAAUAUAACAAUGUGGAUCCACAAAAUAAUUUAAUUAAAGAUAAAAAAAGUAGACAAUCCAAGAGAUUAUCAGAGCACCAUUCAUUAUAUGACAUGAACGUUGUUAAGGAUACGAGUUUGAAUAAUGAUAAGCGCAGUUCAAUUUAUUUUAAUAAGAAUAAGGAUGAGGAGGUUUUAUAUGAUGGUGAGAAAAAUGAGGAAUUAAAAACAGACGAUUAUAAUAACAUAAACAUGAAUAAUAAAAAAGAUAGUAUAUACAAUAUGAACAAUAUGUAUAGUCAUUAUGAAGAAGAUGAUGAGGAUAAGAAAAAUAUUCAAAUUAUUGGCAUGCCUAAAUUUGAAGGUGUUAUUCCUUCUGAUAAUAAUCGUAUAAAAUAUUGUAGAAAUUUAUGGUAUUAUAAUUAUUUUUCAAGAGAUAUAAAUAUAAAUAAUUAUCUUUUUAAAAAAAGUCAUAUAAUAUCAUUUAAAUAUAGUAGAACCAGUUUUAUAAAACUAGAUACAAAUCUUGCUGUACCUUUAUCAGCUUUACCAUCUGAUUGUAGAGAUAUAAAAAGAGAAAAUGUAUCAGUUAGUUAUUAUAAUGGAAAUGUAAAAAAUCUAAUGAACUGCAUUCUAGCAGUAUCUUAUUCUAAAGAUUUUUCAUAUCUACAUCUUAUUAAUAUAGCUGCAUUAGUACAUGUUCAGGGUAUUAAAGAAAUUGAGCAAACACAACAAGAACAAGAUAAUCAAAAAGAAAAUAAUAAUUCUUAUGAUAAUAAUGAUGAAAAUAAUAAUGAACACAAUCAUAAUCAGGUUGAUUAUAUUUUUGAUAUAUUAUGCCCAAUAUAUAUAACAUUGAAAAAUUUACCUCCAUUUUUUAUAAUACCUGGAAAUAUAAGGCAAAUGAAGUUCUAA